CGGCAUUUUGCAUGACGUUGCCAAACGGUCUCACUGGCGGACUUGCGAUGAAAAUUAUUUAUAUUUCGCUUCUUCUCACGCAAAAAUUGGUCAAAAUAAACAAAGGUUAAUGUGCUGCUGCUGAAUAACGGUACAGUGGUCAGUCCGCCGGACCGCCGAAUGCGCGUAACGGUAAACCGUGCAAGUGCCGCUCCGAAAAACGGCGCUAAUUAAUAGUGGAUGCUGCAGCGGCCAUCAAAUCAACAAAAAGCCAACAGAAGACGCAGUCAGGAUUUUAAACUUAGUAAAGCAAACAUAUUUUCGCCUAGCGAAUAACCGCCGGUUGUUUUGUUCUUCAAUUAAAUGUAAUUGUAAAGUAACCUCCGUAAACAAACAACAGUUAAACCCUGCACUGCAAUUAAAACGGAACUGGAAACGCAGCGGAGGACAUAAAAUAGCUGGCAAGAAGAAGAGUGCUGACCAUAAAGCGCCUUUUAAAGGUUAAAUAAGCGAAGUCAGUGUUCAUUUCGUGUGCAUAGUGCUAAAUAUAAGUAAAUCGAGUUAAAGUGAUUAAAAAUACAGUAAAAAUCCAGCGGCGGCAGGUGCUUGGCGCUUUUGAAACGAGACAACACGACGCUGGGUUUCCAGCGUAGAGUUGCCAACCCGAAAAAGCAACGGGGUUGCCGUUCAUUGCGCCGAAAGUGUUUACCUGGUUUUCUAGAGCCAGUUGUUCAAAGGAGCCUAAAAUUAUUAAGAAUCCUGGCCAGGAGAUGACUUGGAAAUCAAACUUCGGGAGGUCACAGGCCGGAUAACCGGCAAAAAGCCUACACCCACCGAAUAAAAUCCUCUAUUAGAUCAACAAGGGCUUUAGGAGAGUGUCCGCUUUUAAGAACUACACACUUCAGAAACCCACUCCUUCACCAGCGUCGAGAUCUCCUGUGUGGGAUUGGCGACGCCGUUAAAACCGAAUUUCUUGCCCCACGCCGUUGAAGAAAAACUGCCACCAUUCGGAAGAAGAAUACCUCGAAUAUGACCCACAAUCUCGGUAUGGCGCCAUAUCGAUUGCCGGGUCCAGCGGGAGGACUGUGUCCGCCCGACUUUAAGCCACCGCCUCCGACGGACAUCAUCUCGGCGCCGAGCAAUCCGAAAAAGCGGCGGAAAACAUCUAAUGCUGCUAACUCCGCUGCUGCGGUGGCUGCCGCGGCAGCUGCUGCAGCAGCUGCAGCGAAUUCCAUGCAACAGCAGGCACCUCCUACACCGCAGGACCUGCUUCCACCUCCACCCAUGGGAGGUUUUGGAGACACCAUUAUUGCCUCGAAUCCUUUCGAUGACAGUCCCCAGGUAUCGGCGAUGUCUAGCUCAGCGGCAGCGGCGAUGGCGGCAAUGAAUCAGAUGAGUGGUGGUCCGGGCGGAGGUCACUUUGGCGGAGGGGGACCGGGUGGUCAUCCUCACUGGGAAGACCGUAUGGGAAUGGGCGGUGGACCGCCUCCUCCGCCGCACAUGCACCCGCACAUGCACCCACAUCACCCUGGCGGACCGAUGGGUCAUCCCCAUGGGCCGCAUCCGCACAUGGGUGGUCCACCUCCUAUGCGCGGCAUGAGUCCCAUGCAUCCUCAUCAAAUGGGUCCGGGACCAGGAGUCGGAUUACCACCACACAUGAAUCACGGGAGGCCUGGAGGACCUGGUGGCCCUGGAGGACCUGUCCCAAUGGGUAGUCCUAUGGGAGGAAUGACUGGGAUGGGCGGCAUGAGCCCCAUGGGUGGAAUGGGCGGCCCAAGCAUAUCACCGCAUCACAUGGGCAUGGGCGGCUUGUCUCCUAUGGGUGGCGGUCCCAACGGACCGAAUCCGCGAGCCAUGCAGGGUUCUCCGAUGGGCGGUCCUGGCCAGAACUCACCGAUGAACUCACUGCCAAUGGGCUCGCCCAUGGGCAAUCCGAUUGGCAGCCCAUUAGGACCGCCAUCGGGGCCGGGACCCGGAAAUCCUGGCAAUCCCGGUGGACCACAACAGCAACAACAACAACCUCCUCAGCCACCGAUGAACAAUGGGCAAAUGGGCCCACCACCUUUACAUAGUCCGUUGGGUAAUGGACCCACGGGGCAUGGCAGUCAUAUGCCCGGAGGACCUAUCCCAGGACCAGGCCCUGGGCCCGGCAGCCUUGUUGGUCCCGGUGGCAUAUCUCCUGCGCACGGAAACAAUCCUGGAGGUCCUGGAAACAACAUGCUCGGCGGCAACCCCAGCAGUGGCAACAAUAACAACGGAAGCAAUACAAACAACGCCAGCAACAACAAUCAAAAUCCUCACCUCUCGCCGGCAGCCGGUCGCUUGGGAGUUCCCACGUCGAUGCAGUCGAAUGGACCCUCGGUAUCUUCGGUGGCCUCUUCUUCGAUACCCUCGCCCGCCACGCCUACGCUCACGCCCACGUCGACGGCUACGUCGAUGUCCACGUCAGUGCCUACAUCCUCGCCAGCGCCGCCAGCCAUGUCACCGCAUCACUCGUUGAAUAGCGCUGGGCCAAGUCCGGGUAUGCCGAACUCCGGACCCAGUCCGCUGCAGUCGCCAGCCGGACCCAAUGGUCCGAAUAACAACAGCAAUAACAACAACAACGGACCCAUGAUGGGCCAGAUGAACCCGAACGCAGUUCCUAUGCAGCAUCAGCAGCACAUGGGCGGCGCCCCACCUGGCCACGGACCACUGCCCGGAAUGGGGAUGAACCAGAUGCUUCCGCCUCAGCAGCCCUCGCAUCUUGGCCCUCCGCAUCCACAGCUGAUGAACCACCCGCAUCCUCAUCCGCACCACCAUCCCGGCGGUCCACCUCAUCACAUGAUGGGUGGUCCCGGUAUGCACGGUGGACCUGGAGGAAUUCCGCCUCACAUGGGUGGUGGACCAAAUCCGCACAUGAUGGGAGGACCUCACGGUAAUGCAGGUCCACACAUGGGUCACGGUCAUAUGGGUGGAGUGCCAGGUCCAGGACCUGGACCCGGUGGUAUUAACGGACCCCCGCACCCGCACAUGUCUCCGCACCAUGGACAUCCGCACCACCACCAUAAUCCGAUGGGCGGUCCCGGACCGAAUAUGUUCGGAGCUGGUGGAGGCGGACCCAUGGGCCCCGGCGGACCGAUGGGUAACAUGGGACCCAUGGGCGGAGGACCGAUGGGCGGCCCAAUGGGAGUGGGGCCCAAACCGAUGACAAUGGGAGGUGGAAAGAUGUAUCCCCCUGGUCAGCCAAUGGUCUUCAAUCCACAGAAUCCGAAUGCGCCGCCCAUUUAUCCGUGUGGCAUGUGCCACAAGGAGGUUAACGACAACGAUGAGGCCGUGUUCUGUGAAUCCGGUUGUAACUUCUUCUUUCACAGAACAUGUGUGGGCCUGACAGAGGCAGCCUUCCAAAUGCUCAACAAGGAAGUUUUUGCUGAGUGGUGUUGCGACAAGUGUGUGUCUUCCAAGCAUAUUCCCAUGGUCAAGUUCAAGUGUUGAAGCGGGCAAGAAUCGGCAUCAGCGGAAUCAAUCGAUCUACAUCCAACAAGAGCAACCGCACCAGCUAGCACUCACUCACUGUAUAAAAUAUCCAAGCAUUAACUCUAUCUUAAUUGUAAGACUUAAGCUGCUCAAUAGUCACAACCCCGACCGAUCCUGAGACCCACCAGUCCCCCUGCCGGAAAUGGAAACCCGUAACCAAUAAGCGACCCACUAAGUGCCGGAGCAGUGUUGUGACUUUCAGCUCCGGGCUCCUGGCUCACUCGCGACUUCCUUCUGAAAGAAUUAAGCAAAGCAAACCUUAACGAAAAGUGUAAACGAAAUAUGUUAAUUGUAAAAUAAUUGUAAUAUGUAUGUAUGUCUGCAUGUGGUGUAAUCAAACAGGACAAAGCCCCGAACGAAGAUCUAGUUUGUAUUAUAAAGAGAAAUUGGAUGAAAUUAUUGAGCGAUAAAGGCGGGAUGAUGUACGUCUGCAUUCGAUUACCUUUCGUCUGACAAGAAAUCCACAGAAAACAACAGACAACCACUCUAAACUAUAUAAACAUAUAUCUAAUGACAUAUUCAACACAUUUGAGGAUGAGUAAAGAAAUUGUAACGAAAUGAAAUUAUCAUUGUGAAAUUGCUGCAAACUGCGUGAGUGUGUUAUUUGUUAUUACAAACCUAUAUUAUUUUUAUACUUGUGUGCGUUUACAUUUUAAAUAAUUAAUACGUAAAAGUGGCUCGAUGGAUAGAGCGGCGAUCAUCGGAGACAUUUUACAUGAAAAUAUUCAGUAUAGCAAGAAUCGGAGGAGGUAAAAUGAUGAAUAGAUUGCGAACAAAAGCACAAGAAAAUAAAAAAUUCAUGCGAGAGAGUUAAAUUUGUAAUUUAAGACAAAUGUUGAAAACGCAGCGAAAGUAAACGAUUUAAAAGCAAACAAAAAUUGUAAAAAUAGGAAAAACAGAAGUACUCUAGGUUACACCAACUCUAAGUUAUUUAUAAUUAAAUAAAAUACAAUAUAAAAUAAA